AUGAGCGAAGAGAUCGACAGGCAUGUGUUGCGCAAGUACGAAAUCGUCCAGAAGCUCGGCAAAGGCGUAGGCGAAGGGGCAGGCUCGGCAAGCGCAUGUGCGUUUCUCCACCUCAGGCCUAUGGGAUUGUUUGGAAAGCCAUUGACAAGAAGAUAGGGGAGGUGGUGGCGCUCAAGAAGAUAUUCGAUGCCUUCCAGAACGCCACUGAUGCCCAACGGACUUUUCGAGAGAUCAUGUUCCUGCAGGAGCUCAACGGGCAUGAUAAUAUUGUCAAGCUGUUGAAUGUGCUGAAAGCCGACAAUGAUCGCGACAUAUACUUGGUUUUCGACUACAUGGGUAGGCAGCAGGAAAAGGCAUAGAUGACGGUGUGCACAUGACCUGCGCAUGGUUAUUUUCAGAGACGGACCUGCAUGCUGUUAUCCGCGCGAGCAUCCUUGAGGUGGGCGUGCUUGGAUUUGGCAUCUCAUGUCACUGCUUGCGCUCUGCCGGCAUGCAGGAGAUUCACAAGCAGUACAUCGUCUAUCAGCUUCUGAAAUCGCUCAAAUACAUGCACUCAGGCACGGGUGAACCGAUCAGCCUCCUCUCACGUAUUUCUUUUUCUUGUCAGGGGAGCUACUUCAUCGUGACAUGAAGCCUUCCAACAUCCUUCUCAACUCCGAAUGCCAUGUUAAAGUUGCAGAUUACGGGUAAGUGGCGGCCAGGCAACCUGGCAUGGACGGGAUAUGCGUGUGUGGGGUCCAAGGCUUGCCCGGAGCGUUGCGCAGAGUGACAGUGAGGUCGGCACCAACCCCGUUCUUACAGACUACGUGGCAACACGAUGGUGAGCCUUCCAUUCCAUCCCGUCUACCAACCCCGUAUCGGUUUGUCUGCGUUCAGGUAUCGUGCCCCUGAAAUUCUUCUCGGCUCUACCAAGUAUACGAAGGGUGUGGACAUGUGGUCACUUGGGUGCAUCCUGGGAGAGCUUAUCGGAGGGAAACCCACCUUCCCUGGUAGACGACGAAAUGACUUGAUGCGAUAGCAAGAGAACGCCUUUCUUUUCUGUGUGACAGGGACAUCUACUAUGAAUCAGCUGGAGAGGAUCAUGGAGGUCACAGGUGAACAGAACACCUGUAACCAACCGAUUGCAAUAUCCCUCUAUUCCUAUGAGCCAGGCCGUCCUUCCCAAGAGGACAUCGAUGCGAUGAAGUCGCCAUUUGCCGCCACCAUGCUGGAAUCGUUGCCGAUGGUUCGGAAUCGGUGAGUUUACGAAAGGAAGGGACCAUACGGUCAACGCAACGAUUGUUGAUGCACUGUCUAUGUAUUUGCGCAGUCCUCUGACCGAGAUGUUCCCUACUGCUAGUUCUGAUGCGUUGGACCUUUUGAAAUCUCUGCUGCAAUUCAACCCAAAUAAGAGAAUCAGGCAAAUCAUCGCACAAGGACAUACAAUGUUUGAUUUCUUACCCUUCUGUCUUCAGCGCGGCGGACGCUUUGCAGCAUCCUUAUGUGGUGCAAUUUCACAACCCCGAUGAUGAACCCGAGUGUGGCCGGAUCAUCAGGUGACUCGAACAAACAUCACUGUGGGGGGACGUGUGAUAUAUGUGUAAUAUUCGGACACAGGAUUUCGAUCGAUGACAACACCAAGUCAGGGUUCUUGCAAGUGGUGCGAAGCCAUGAAAUGAGGGGCCUUGCCUUUCUUUAGGUAUUCAAUCGCCGACUACCGUGACCGCUUGUACAGCGAAGUGAUCAAGAGGAAGAAGGACCAACGAAGGCAUCGUCUCAGAGACCCUCAGGUACUAAGGGGAAGAAAAGCAAAGACCACCUACGACUCCAGCCCUGUCGUUCGUACAAAUCAGAGCUCAUCCGGUUCGGUUCACGUGGGCAGCAAUAGCAGUGGCCCAGCAGAUGGCGGAACCAGCGGUGCCGGUUCUGCUUCUCAUUCGCGUGACCGCGUCUCUUCCUCUGGACAUCGCCAGCGCGAGACGCAGCAAUAUCCUUCCUACCACCCGAAUCAGCCCUCCCACAACCACAACCACCACCACGGCCAAACGCAAUCAUAUGCCAGUCCCAAUGGGCAAGCUGCCUACCAACACAACCACCACGCUUAUCAGCAUCAGCAGGUGUAUCAAACACACAGUGGAGGGACUACUGCAAGCCGCGGGGUACGAAAGGAAGGAAUAAAAGCAGCUUUCCUGUGCUGAUGCUGUUUUUUCCACGUGUAGGGCAGGGGGCUCCGCUAA